UGCAGUUUCCGUUGAUACGUCAAUACGAAAACUUGAAAAUAAAAAUAUUGAUUAAAAACCCUUGGAACUGAUUUGGUAAGAAAUUGUAAAAAAGGGAUUAGAUAACAAAAAUAGUGCUUGGAAGAACUGCUGGGAAAAAUUAAAGGAMGAACUUUGUCAUGAAAUCAUCGACAAAACCGAAGAGAUCGAUUAUAUACGAACCUUUUCCUAGUUUAAAAAGCCAAAGAAUUCGAAAAUGUACCAAAAUUCUGUGAAAGUAGCCCAGAAAUUGUUUGAAAUGCUAAAAAAGCUUGUAAAUGUGAGAAUUUGUAGAUUCCAAUAGGUAUUUAAAAGUACAAACAAAAAAGAAAAGAGAAAUUAGCUGCGAUAAGAAAUUUUUGUCCUACAAACCAGUUUAAAGAUCCUAUGAACAAAGAAAGAAUCGGAAAGCACCUGUUGUCUAUUUCACCAAAAUGCUAAUUUUCUCGAAGUUUACGUUAACUACAUCAUCCAAAAACCUGACAAAUAUGUCAUUUUUAAAAGCUAAAACAUCAUUUACAUGUAGUUAAUAGACUUCCUGUCAGACUUUUCCCCCGCCUGUAUCGCUGAAAAACAAGGUAAAACCUKCUUGCUCAACUACGCGUGUGAUAGCACCGACUCAACACAGUUGUUAUGGCAACAUAUCACUUGGAUACACCUUCACUUCCUGAACGACUUCGAAUUAUAUGUAUAUUCAUUAUUACGUUUUUACGCGUCGCUGUUUGCCGUCUCAGAGAUCUUCAGCGUCGUUGGCCUUGAGAAGUUAUUUCGAAAAAUAUAUAUCGCAGCUUCGAAGCUGCUCUCGAAAAUGUGGCAGACUCGAUAUGAAGUCUACAGACUCAAGGAAGCCAGGAAAAGAAACAUACAGCCCCUUAAAACCUUACUWACGAAACCUGGAAAUUCCGGCUUCCUUCUCGAGGAAGAUGACACAGAUAGCGGCAUUAGUAGCCAUGGUAACACCAAUGGAUCAGUCUCUUCAUCCGACUUCUCCAAAGCUGAAUUGAUAUCUCGCUUAUCUUCWGCGUCACUCAAGAAUCCUGCKUAYAUUAAAGCAAGGAUACUMUUUGACUUCAAAACGUCUCGACCGGGYACAGARCUGAGCGURGAAAAAGGAGAGAAUGUCUACUUACUUUAUCGCGAGCAGGACAAAGUCCUGGUGAUUAACUCUGAAGGGAAAAGGGGUUUUAUUCCUUUGAGGUAUUGCUCUUUAUUAAACAAGAAAAGACCUUCAGCCUCAAGAAUUCARAAACAACUCUACAAUGAUCCUUCGUUUAAGAAUUUCUUAACCGGAAUGGACCGCAUGARCCAGAAAAUUAUCCCAAGAGCGCGGAACUCAAACUCACGUGGAUAUGYAUCCAACGAUCUUCAGCGAGAAAGACCGAACAUGUCUUCUUCAAGCGAAGAAGACUCGGAUUAUAGCUUUCGUGGCACUUCGGAAUAUUCCGGCGUGACGUCACGGAGUCGGAAAUCUCCGGCAUUCUUUCAUGAGAGACAGAAAACAAGUGCGUCAUUUUUCCGAAAAGGUGAAGAAACGAAAAUGUCUGUUUUAUACGAUUUUAUUGCAAKAGAUGAAAAUGAUAUUAGCGUGUAUAAGGGAGAGACUAUUACAGUUUUAAACCGUGAAGACGUCGAUUGGUGGUGGAUAGCAACACCUGAAGGAUAUGAAGGCUUUGUGCCCAAAUCCUACUUAAACUGUCAAUCAAGUGAUUCAUCUGAAGCGAGUACGUUAUCCAGCAGUAUGGAGUCUUCGAGCUCAACAUCUGAAGGUAGCAGUACGCAAGUUAGGUUCCAGGACCCUUUAUGCACAUUUCACCGUUACGAAAAAGAGGAAUGGGAAUUUACAGACUCGGAAAUGCCGAAUGAUAAUGGGUACCACAUGGACGAAAUAAAGGAAAGUAGAGGCGACGAUUCUGAGAAAUCAAGGUGGAGCACGUGGUGCUAAAUUGUUUGUAURAUAAUUUAAGUUAAUGAAAACUAUUUAUAUCGAAAACUAUAAAAUAGUCGUAUCUUACGAUGGGCUUCCUGUGGAGAACAUSAACGGGGAGACUGGACACAGACGUUGUCAUAUAUGGAUAAAAUCCUAAUAUUCUUACUAUAAUGAUUUUAAUGGAUCAAAAUUUCUAUACCUAUGAAAAUGACAUAUUUAUACAAUGAGAUGAUUUAUGAUAUUCAGCUUUUAAAGCGGGAUUUAAAGGGCCAUAACUACAUUUAGUCCAAUUCGCGCUUCUGCUGCUGUUGUUAUGUUUUGAAAAUAAAUUGUAAUAUUACU